AUGAACUGCACUCCCAAUGGCACUAUAAAUACACAUCUGGGACCCGUCUUAAGCCAGGGGUCCAGCAGUGGAGGAGGAGGAGGUGGGAGACUGUGGGUGACGUCUCUGCUCGGCAGCACACUCCUGAUGGUGUGCACCCUGGGCAUGGUGGGCAACAUUUACACCCUUGUCGUCAUGCGCUCAUCUGCGCUGCGCUGCACGGGCUCCAUGUAUGUGUACAUCCUCAACCUGGCCCUGGCCGACCUGCUCUACCUCUCCACCAUCCCCUUUGUGGUGUGCACGUACUUCAUCCACGACUGGCUGUUCGGCGAAACCGGCUGCCGCAUCCUCCUGAGUCUGGACCUUCUCACCAUGCACACCAGCGUCUUCGUGCUGGUCGCUAUGAGCCUGGAACGCUACCGCGCGGUGGCCCAGCCCUUCAGUGCUCGCGGGUCCACCUCCCGCAGGCACCGGCUGGCGGCAGGACUGAUCUGGGGGGCGGCGUUCGCACUGACGUUGCCUAUGAUGGUGAUGAUCCGGCUGAGAGUGGGAAAACCCAACGGAGCUGGUGUGGUGAAAAGGAUCUGUUUCCCAACAUGGACCCCCGAGGCCUUUAAAACAUACCUCACCAUCCUGUUCCUCACCAGUGUCUUAGUCCCCGGACUGGUAAUUGUGGGGUUGUAUGCAGCGCUAGCUAGACGGUACUGGGUGGUGCAGGCUAGCUUGGGUGGUAGCAGCCUCUCCGCCCGGAGGAGAGGCCUCAAACAGAAAGUGGUGUCGAUGGUCUUUUGCAUUGUUGUGGUGUACUGGGCCUGUUUCUUGCCUUUCUGGGGAUGGCAGCUGGCAAAGCUGUUCUCUCCGGAGUCCCUGAGGGCUCUGUCUCCGGCUACACACAAUUACGUGAAUUUCUUUGUCACAUGUCUAACCUAUGGAAACAGCUGUAUUAAUCCUCUGUUUUACACUCUGCUGACCAGGAACUACAAAGACUACAUGGCCCAGAAAGGUCAGUCUGCAGGGUCAAGCAGAGCUGACCCCGGGUCAGCCAUAAGCACUCCCAAGCAGGGCCUUUAG